AUGAGAAAGCCAGAGAUUUAUAAUACGAAAAAGAACGAUGGUAUUAAGAAGAAGCUUAGGAAAGGUUUGUGGUCGCCGGAAGAAGAUGAGAAACUUAUGAACUAUAUGGUGAGGAAUAAUGGACAAGGUUGUUGGAGUGAUGUAGCAAGAAAUGCUGGAUUGGAAAGGUGUGGCAAAAGUUGUAGAUUAAGAUGGAUUAAUUACUUGAGACCUGAUCUUAAAAGAGGUGCUUUUUCAACUCAAGAAGAAGAACUCAUCGUUCAUUUGCAUUCGAUUCUCGGAAACAGAUGGUCACAAAUCGCAGCACGUUUACCUGGGAGAACUGAUAAUGAGAUAAAAAACUUUUGGAAUUCAACUAUAAAGAAAAGACUCAAGAACAUGUCUUCUACUACAACAACAACCUCAACAUCACAUAAUGCAAGUGAUGAAUCGUCCUCGCCUGAGCCUAAUAAAGAGAUCAAUAUACUAGGGUUUUCUGGACAACAUCAUCAACAUGCAAAUUACAACAACUACAUGAUGAAUGAGCCUAUCUUCGCUUCAUCAUCUUCUUCGUUAUCGACAUACGAAAACACGAUUUUCAAUACUAUGAAUAUUGACACAUUGCCUAUGCUUCAGCAUAGUGGAUACUUAAACACUGCAUUUACAGUGCCAUGCUUUUCAGAAAGUCAUCAAGUUGAUAUUAAAGAUUGUUAUUUGGAAAAUGGUGGAGUGCAAGGUGAUGUCUGCAAGAGAGAGAACAUCAGUAUUGAUUAUACUUUUGAUGACAUGAACAGUAUUCUUAGUAACUGCAAUAUUAUUGACAGCAACAAUGAUAAUGAAAGUGGGGCAGUGGAGAAUUUAUUUCAAGAACAAUUGAACUUGGGAGAGUGGGAUUUUGAGGAGUUGAUGAAAGAUGUUUCCUCCUUUACUUCUUUUGAUUAUUCAUUCUGA